AGCACCAAUCUUAGCAUUACUAGCUAUGCUUUGAAAGGCCCACCCCUUGGCUUCGAGCCCGACGUUCACAUCAAUGCCUGCCGCCUCGUCAAUCCACCAUCUGAGCUCCGCAAAGCCUUCGAUGGUCGUUGUGAGGGCCUCCGCAAAGACCUACGCGCAGAUCCCGCCUUCCACCAACUGCUUGCCGAAGCACAACCUCAGAUCUUUGAGGCCGCAGAGACAAAAAGAGCUUUGAUGUUCAACACCCAAGACCACAGCGUCCACCCGGUUGAAGUCAAGGUCGCUGUGGCCUGCGUCAGGGGACGCCAUCGCAGCACAGCCGUUGCUGAAGAGUUGGCCAAGCUGCCUACAUGGCCAGAACACUACGACGUUAGACUUUACCAUCGCGAUUUGAGCAACAUGGACAGCAGGGACCAUCUCAGACCUGAGGGCUCACCUGACCCACACAACCCCUUGCACGUCCCAUCUGAGCACCACAAAGGAGCCGAUACUCAAACACAGUUUUCUCUACACCAUUCGCCUCAAGAGCAUGAAGCAUCUGUCAUGGGCCAUAUACCAAAACCUCAGCACAUUCCACCUGAGAAAUCUGGACACUUUAUCAAGACGCAGACACACGCUGCUCAACACACCACGCCGGCGAAACUCGAAACACCUAUCAUUGCUCAGCAGACUCCCCAGCGCAACUCAUUCGAGAAGUCUCAAGGGCCUGUCGAUACUCAGACGGAGCAUCCACAGCACACAUCGCUUGAGAAGUCUAUCGUGCCGUCCAUUGUCCAGACACAGACAGUUCAGCACAUCUCGCCUGAAAAGGUUGACAGACCUGCUGAGGCACAACAGAUCUCCCAGCAUAGUGAGAAGCCCGAAGCACUGGUCACCACUCGACCGCCAGUCGUUGCCCAGCCACCAGUUGUCACGCAGCCGGAACCAGUCGUUACGCAGCCAGCACCGGUUGUCACACAGCCACAGAGUGUCCAGCCCGUUGCACCUGAGAGGCCUGUAACUUCUGUCUUGAGCCAGACUCAAACUCCUCAGCCUAUCUCAUCUGAGAAGCACGAAGCACCAGCCGCUACACAACCACAGACCAUGCAGCCCAACCCAGCCGACAAGCCUGAUAGUUCUGUCGCCAGCUUGACGCAGACUCCGCUGCCUGUCUUGGUCGAAAAGCAUGAAGCAGCUACUGAGCCUCGUUCAAAAGUCCCCCAGCACAACGCACCUGAGAAGUCUGUCGAGGCUCAGGCACCGUCAGAUUCCCAGCACAUCUCGUCCAGGCCUUGA